AUGGGGGUCUUUGUUAUGCGUAUGGUUUACUUUUCUGCUUUCGGGCCCUAUCGUUUUCCUGGACUGUUGGUGGUACUGAAGUAUGCUGGUAACCGACGUAAUCUUUUUGUCCAUCCAAUAUCAAGAUGUAUAGGAAUCAUUACUCAAUAUUCCAAAAGUAGGGAUGGCAAAAGAAGAUAUACAGUAUUUGACAAGAUGACAUCAGACUAUUUGUUUUACUAUGUUGUGGUGCUUCGUCUUAUCCUACGUUCCCAACAAAGUACUGAUUUUGAUGAUAUGAGUCGUCAUCAUCUAAUUGGCAGCUUGUUGUUUUUUUAUAUUGUACAGUAUAUAUGA